GGGCCGCUCUGUGGCGCGGGGGCUGGGAAUGCCGGCGGGCUUCGUUAAUAGAGGUGCUGGAGCCUCAAGAGACUCGUGAGGCUUCUGGGGCUUUCCAGCCCUCGGCCAGCAGGUCCACGGAGGUGAUUCUGCCCCUGCACUCGGCACCGGAAUUCUGUGCAGCAUGUUUGGAACCCAUCCACCCAGGUGGAACUGGGUGACCUAUGGCUUAUAUCUGAUUUUGAAUGUUUGUUGUCUUAAAGUUUCAGGUGGACUUGUACAGUCAUGUGGCUACAUCAUCCCGGAGUCUCCUGUGUUGGCCCUUGGUUCCAAUUUCACAGCAUUAUGCAUUUUGAAUGAGAGUUGUCUUGACUUUGGCAAUAUCUAUGCUAAUCAAAUUAUCUGGAAAGUUAAAAAUAGAGUGGUACCUAAAGAACAGUAUCGUGAAAUAAACAGAACAGUUUCCAGUGUCACCUUUAACGUCACUUCUUCACUAGCUCCUUUUCUGACAUGCAACAUUUUAGCAGAUGGACAGAUUGAGCAGAACAUUUAUGGAAUUACAGUCACAGUAGGCUUGCCCCCAGAGAAGCCCAAGAACUUAAGUUGCAUUGUGCAUCAGGUGCCAGAACUCACAUAUCCUAUGACUUGUACCUGGGAUCCUGGAAGGCCUACAUUCCUGGACACUCACUUUAGGUUGAAAUACAGAUGGCCACAAGAGAACUUUCCUGACUGUAUACCAGAAGAAGUAAACGAUUCUUGUACAAUUAGAGACGUUCAGUUCUUUGUUAACCUGGAGGUCUGGGUAGAAGCCACAAAUGCUCUUGGGAAGGCUGAAUCUGAUCCUCUUGUUUUUGAUCCCAUAGAGAUUGUUAAACCGCUGCCUCCACACAACUUGUCAGUCAACUCAGGAAUACUGCCUACCGUUCUGAAGCUUUCCUGGGAGAACCGGAUUUCAGCAGCUGUGAUGAAGCUGAAAUUCAAUAUUCGCUAUAGCAUCGUUGGUGAUGCCAACUGGAUGCAGGUUCCUCCUGAAGAUACAGCUUCACCAAGAACUUCAUUCAGCAUUCAAGGGCUCAGACCCUACACAGAGUAUGUCUUUUCAAUUCGUUGCAUGAAGGAAGAUGGAGUGGGCUACUGGAGUGAGUGGAGUGAAAACAAAACCGGGGUCACCACUGAAGAUAAACCAUCUAAAGGACCAUCCAUAUGGAGGAUCAUUGAUGCAUCUUGCUCACCAGCUUCCUGGACUGUGCAUCUGAUGUGGAAGGCGCUGGAGCCAUUUGAAGCCAAUGGAGUAUUACUGCAGUAUGAAGUGACCAUAAGAGCUAAAUCACCUGUCCCCAGACCACCAGAGAAAUACAGCGUUAAUACUACCAAUCUUACAUUAAAGCUGCCAAAUGGAACUUAUGAAGUAACUGUGAUUGCCCGUAACAGAGUUGGAGCAUCCCCUCCAUCAGUUUUACUUAUCCCAGCAAGUAAUUCAAAAGCUCCUGUGAAGAAUGUUAGAACGUUACCUAAAGAUGGCAAGUUGUGGGUAGGGUGGACUCCUCCUAACAGUUACGUUGUUAAAUAUGUGAUCGAAUGGUGUCUGGUAUCGAACAGCUCAGACUGCAUUAUAGAAUGGCAGAAUGAACCAGGAAAUGUUCAAGGAACAUACUUAAAAGGUGAUAUAAAGCCAUUCAAGUGUUACCUGAUAACUGUGUACCCUCUGUAUGCUGAUGGCCAGGGAAGUGGACAGUCUGUGAAGGCUUACCUCCAGCAGGAUCGUCCUUCAAAAGGACCGACUAUUCAGACAAAAAAAGUAGGAAAAGCUGAAGCUGUUUUGACAUGGAACCACCUCACAGUGGAUGAACAAAAUGGAUUUAUCAGAAGUUACACCAUAUUUUACAAAACUAUUGAUGGAAAUGAAACAGCUGUGACAGUGGAUCCUUCCAAGACAGAGUAUACCCUUUCUUCUCUCACCAGUGACACACUGUAUACUGUGCGAAUGAUGGCAUACACAGAUGAAGGAGGCAGGAGUGGUCCUGACUUUACGUUUACUACACAAAAAUUUGGAAAAGGAGAAAUUGAAGCCAUAGUUGUACCCGUGUGUCUAGCAUUCUUGUUAAUUGUGCUCCUUGGAGUUUUGUUUUGCUUCAACAAACGUGACUUAAUUAAAAAGCACAUCUGGCCUAUUGUCCCUGAUCCAUCCAAAAGUAACAUUGCUCAGUGGUCUCCUCAAGUUCCAGCUAAGCAUAACUUUAGUUCCAAAGAUCAGAUGUACCCAGAAGGCAGCUUUACAGAUGUAAGCGUCGUAGAAAUAGAAGCUGAUGACAAGAAGUCUUUUUCGGAACAAGAUCUAAAGCCCUUUGACUUACUUAAAAAGGAAAAAAGUACUUCAGAAGGGCACAGCAGUGGUAUUGGAGGAUCCUCGUGCAUGUCUUCUCCUAGGCAAAGUGUCUCUGACAGCGAUGAAGGUGAAACUACACAAAACACUUCAAGCACUGUACAGUAUUCAACUGUAGUACUUAAUGGCUAUAGAGACCAAACACCUGUUCAAGUCUUUUCAAGGUCUGAGUCAACUCAGCCACUGCUGGAUUCAGAAGAGAGAUCAGAGGAUCACACUGGAGGAGGUGACAGUACAACACAGAGGCAGCAGUAUUUCAAACAAAAUGGUGGUCAGGAUGAAACCAAUGGAGACAGGCCAUGCUUUGAAAGAACAAAGCCUGCUAAUGAAGGGGAUCUUGUUGGAUUUGCACAGCUGCAGAUCUCAGGUCGUAGUUCACAGCUGGUGGGCCUUGGGCUGGAAGAAAAUACCCAGGAAGCUGCUCUAUCAGAUACUUUAGCGACAUGUACUGAGGGACAAACUGUGAGACCUGAAACAGUGGACAAAAAUCCACAGUCAAUUGAUGAAAUGCCAAAAAGUUACCUCCCACAGACUGUGAGGCAAGGGGGCUAUAUGCCUCAGUGAGAGGAGAGACUGGCUUUGCUAAGGCCUUCAUUAGUGUCUGUUCACACUUUAUCCUGCAUUUCUGAUAAAUUAAGCUAGGUAUUUUUAUCUGAAUACAGAUAGAAAUACUGAAAUUAAGUGAAAAGUAAUUUGACGAAGUACAGUAAGGACUGUGUUUUUGAGGAAGAUUUGCAGUCCAGACCUACUGGAGACUGACUUUUAUGCACUACAUAAUCUUCAUGGGGAUAGCUGAACAAGCCUUUUGUGCCGCUUUGGGUUUUUGUUUCUUGUCGUAUCAGACUUUCACAUGAUUGAAAAUAGGAAGUUUCAAUUAAUCACAUCAGCCAAUAGACCUCCUAGAAGAAAUACUUCGAUUUGUGACAGUGUACAAGCCUAAAAAAAGCUAGCUUUAGUUGCUUGAAGCGUCUUUGUGCAAAAGUUAAGACUGAAGCAUACUGUUCUAAUGUGGAAGAACUCUUCUGUCUCAUACGCUUCAGUAACUCGAUAGACUCUGAAUUUUGACAUGGCCCGGUGUCUCCAUUUCCAGCUUACCAGACAUGGCAAAUUAUGUUCACCCUUGUUUAAAAGUCAUAAAAAACAAGUAAAACUUCUUAUGGUGUGCAAAUAAGAAAGCACCAUGAUUGCUUGACUCUGAAUGCUACUAUAGUAAUUGAUAUUCUGCCUAUGUGUAGAUAUGCGUGCAUAUAAACUGCAGAAUAAUUUGGCUUUAAAAUGUGCCUUGCAACUUGAUGCAUGGCAGUUCAGUGUUAUGUUCAAAAGUUUAAAAAUCGAGAUGAAAACACAGAUUAACAGUUGCUUAAAGAUUUUGUACCCAAAUCACUGUCUGAUUGUACCAUACCUCUUUGAUCAUAAAAAUUGCCUUUGUUUUUUAAGUGCACCCGUGCUGUAUACACAGUUUGAGAGGCAAGUAAUGAGCUCUGAGUUUUUACUAUUCUUCUAAACUCUCAGGAGAAAGGGAAUAUGACCUUCUCCCUGAUUGACUACAACAAUUAAUGUGUUAUAAACCUCACUGCCAGUGCUGCAGGGCCUCUUUGGAACUGAAAGCAGCGAAAAGACAAAGUAUUGAAGUUACUGAAGCUCUUGGAAGGAAAACCAAAACCUGUAUAUUCAGAUACAGAGUUAUUGGUAGUAUGUGUCUAUUAGCAAUCAUGAGGCACAAAUAACACCUGUGUGGUUGCUAAAAUUCUUUACUUUUUUCUGUCUUAUUUUUCCCCUUUUCAUACAGUUUGCGUUUUAUUGAAGAAGAUCUAUUUCUUGGAGACUGUCUCUAACAGGGUUGUAAGGAAAAAAUCACCGUAAAACCCUUCUCCAAUGAUAACUAGAAAUUUUAUGGCACUGUUGUAGAUUUUUUUUUUUUUAAAACUGUCACUUAAUCUAAUCAGCUGCCUAAUCUGACACUAAUAAAACCAUAAAUCAAAACACUAAAUAUUGUGCUGUGAGAGCAAGCAAGGGAUUUAUAUCUCCUUCAGCAAAAGAACUAUGUAUUUAAGACCACCUGAAACCUUUUGUGCUGUGACCUCUGGUGCCACUGUUCUGCAAAAGAAAUUUGUAAAGGCCCUGGAAAAGCAUGUGUCAGUAUUGUCCUUAUCUGACAACUUGCAUGGAAGGACAGGUAUGCAUGUAAAUGUUCACUUGUGUCUUCUGCCUUCAUUACAAAGAAAUUGAAUGCUGGAGUAAAUUCAUAAGAUUACCUCUUGAAGUUUGGGUUAUUUAAAACAGAUCCAGAAUGCAGAAUCUUUAACAUUUCAGUAUUCCACAGUUCCUUUCUUCCAACAGUAAUUUUUGUAUCUGGAGAUUUUUGUUAAACCAAAAGGCUAUGUUUCAGUUUAUGGUAACUACACCUUUCUUCAAACCAGUCUUGUUUUUCUCCCAACUUCACCUCAGCACCUUCUGUGUCCCAGAAGGGUGCAUGCCAAAUGAUAGCUAUGCUAUCAUAAAACAGCAGUGACUGCAUUUUGUUUGUUCAGAGGCUGAAGGAGCAUUCAUUUGUCAGAACACAUUCCUCUUGGAAGGUAAUAGCAGUUACUUUACUGGGGAGUGGAUUGCCUUCUCUAUGCAAAUUUCAUAGUGGCUGUGGAAGCCACAAGUGAAGGGAAAUUCUGUGCUGACCAGUGUCUAUUAGAACUUGCCUUGCAGCCACAUCCAUCUAAUCUACCUUCUGCCCAUCUCUGAAAUACUGUGGGCUGCUACCUGGCUACUUAGUCCAACCAUUGCUCCCAAGGCCUGGAUGUUUUCAAAAACAUGCUAAUUACUUUUUUUAACUGCUUUUUUUGUCAUCUAGUAGUACUAACUUUUGAUACUGUAUGUCACAUUUGAGGGACAACUUCAGUUAUUCCUGAAUUUGCUGUUUGCCCUUCUGUUAUCUAAAGGGGACGCAUUUUGUUCUCAGUUGCUGAAACUGUUUCCAGUGUUAAAUGACCAGUGUCAAGAGAUUCUCAUUUUUAAAGGUCUGUGCUAAUGAGAGUUCUGGCCUGUUGCUUCUGGCAUCUUAUCUAUAUUCUUCAUGGCCAGUGGUAAUACACUCCUGUAAGAUUCUGUGAGUUUAUCCUAGUCUCUUUGUGCCUUGCAGAGUUAUAUUCUAUCUUUCAGGCUUGCACAUUUAUUUUGUGCUAAAAUACUGAAGACUAAGGAGAUACUGGUGGAUGAUUAGUUUGUAGAUGCCACAGUACAUGUAAGUAGUGGGUUUACAGCUGGUUCAUAAACCUGUGUGCCAAAUAUUGUAUCAUGCAGUGUUCAGGAUUUGACUUGGUUUUGUACUUUGGAUUGUAACAAUCUGAUUGUGUCAAACAGUUACAAACAGGUUUUUAGAGUGUCUGCAAUGCAAUUGUAGCAAUCCACUGAAAUUCUCUGAACUUGGCUCUAACACAGUAAUUAAGGAAGUAGCUUCCCACCACCUCUAGUAGCUAUGGUGCACUUUACAAAAUAAAGGCAUUAAAAUAAAAACACACUUCAGUAUUGACACUUAUGUCUGCUUUGAUAUCCUGGAUUGGAAUUUUUCAGGUAGCAGUGGGAGAAAGGUUGUGAAGACAUUAGAAUCAGAGAAUGGUUUGGAUGACCUUAAAGAUCAUUCAGUUCCAACCUCCCUGCUGUGGGCCGGGACACCUUUCACUUGACCACAUUGCUCAAAGCCUCAUCGAGCCUGGCCUUGACCACUUCGUUGUUACUUUGGUGGCAGAGAAGGGAGGCUGGUAGAAGCAGGAAGUAUUUUUCCUGCAUUAGCAUGUUUGAAACACUUCUCUUGUGCAGGCUGGCUAACUGCUCCUCUCUUUACAAAAGACGUAGUGAAAGUCUUGGGAUUGUGUCGCACACCCUACUGUAGUAGACCAAACUGACUGUUAAACCUUAACCUGGCAGAGCAGAGCAAAAAUUUUUCUAAACUUCAUUCUGGAGCAUUUGAGAGAAGCAUGUGCUUAUCUGUGCUACAGCAGCCUAGCAAAAUGCUCAGUAUCGGCACUGGAAGAAACGUUGGCCCUGGGAGAAGGAGGGAUUUUGCAUUUGAGGGCCGAGUACCACUCUUGGGCACUGGAGAGGCCCUGCAGCCUGGGGUGUGGUUUGCAGCUUCGGCUUUGACUGUAAAUCAUGAACACUGUAAGAUGGUUAAAACUUACAUUACUGUGUCCAGUAUGUGUGAAUCACUAUGCUGAUUGAACUUCAAUAAUUUAGUGCUGGAUCCAGAAUAGCAAAGAUCUACAUCAAUAUAUACUGCUAUGGUAUUGACUUUACAGUGAGAUCUGAAACUCCAGAGGCUCUAUAGUUGUUGCUAGUCAGCUGCACUCUCAGGCACACACACUUUAAAUUGUAAUUUAUAUGCAUUAAAUAGGACUAAAUAUACUAGUUUCUUUUCCCUGAGGUAGCUCUUGCAAUUAAGAUUAACUGUUGUUUGGAUUAAUUCCUUUAACUGUGUUGAAAAAGUCUGGCUCAUAGAUUUAUUUAAAACUUCAUUAAUUCCCUGUAACCUCUUGUCCCUUUGCUACGAUGGAUGCAUAUAGCCAUUUUAAGUUCCAAGAGCUGCUUUCAGUGUUACUUGGAAACGGUUUAUAACAAAAAUGUUGAAUCUCUUGUCAUGAAACAUUUGGAAUCUGCAGCUAACCUCACAAUCUUCAGCUUAGCAUUUGAUCCAGAAAACUGCAGUAAAGUAGAAGUGCAAAAGUCUGUUGAAGGGUAAAACUGUGUCUUGCAUUAGUCUUGCAAAUUCUCCUUAAGAGUGAAAGGAUAAGUUAAAAAAGACAUUAAGCUAAAAUGCCUCUGUGUGUUUGCUUUCACUGUUGUUUCCUUUGUACGAGUACUGCAUUCUGAACCAUUCCUAAACAUGAAAGCAGUCCUGACUUAGUACACAAGGAUGCAUUUCUAAGGCCACAACAUUUGACAAAAAUUAGUGACUAAGGGGCAGAUCUCAACAAUUGUCCACUUUCCUCUCCCCUGAAUUCUAGUGCAGAGAUAGGGCAGUAGGUAUAUCCCAGAAUGCAGCCUUAGCCAGUACUUGUGCACAUUUGCAAACACAACCUUGAAGGGGAUAUAUGCAAGAGUCAUUGAUACUCUGCGGAAGCACACUUCUGUAACAGCAGAUGAAAAGCACGUAUGGCACAACUGUCAACGGGCGGCUGAAAGGCUCCACAUCCUCCUGCUCAGACUGAAGCUUCUGUGUCCUGCACCAGCUGUUCUUCUCCGGUGAUGGCAGGUGUGGUAGAUGAGCCUCUGGAGUGUUGAAACUGGUAGCACCUACCGCUUUUCUUCAUACCAAAGCACAGUUGUUAGUGGAUCCAGUCAAUUUGCUGUGUUUUUUUAACACACCAGUCUUGUUUACAGUGCCACGUAUAGCCUGACACUUCAACACAGCGAUGGAUUGUCUAGUAACCAAGUGCUUUUACUUGGGAUCCGUGAGCCUACGGUCAAGGUUACCAGUCACUGAAUAUUGCUGUGGCAAAAUAUGUAUUCUAGGUCAGCGGAGGCGUGGAACACAGACAUACUGACAAGGAAAGUGCCUUGAUGCUGGAUUGGAUGGAUAGUGAAUAUAAACAUGGUCAUAUUUUACUACGUAUUUAAAGUAUGUUUGAUUAAGCUACUGAUAAUUUGAAUGCCAGCUUUAAAGGGCUUGUGUACUCCGCCCAGCGGUUAAACUUGCAAAUUGCUCCAUAAGCUCUCUGUAUAUGGAAAUGUGUUUUAACACCAAUACACUAUCUUAAUUCUUUCGCAAGCUGCAUGUUUAUUGUCAUAUAAACUCUGCUUUCUACAAUUUACUUUAUGGUUGGUUUCAAAUGUUCUCCUUUGUUAUCCAGCUGAGCCUGGUUGUUGCUUUUGUCUGGUAUAUAAUAUAGGAAAAGAAAAGAAAACAAAAUUCCAUACUUGACUUGUGUGCUGGAGCUGGUGUUUUUGCAAGGCUGACUUAUGUGGUCACUACAGAGGAGUCUGGACCCCACCUGUGUGAUAGGUAAGAAGCAGAGAGACAUUCACAGAGAGAGAUAUGGUCACUAUAGAUCAGGACAAAAGGGUACCUUGUUGGGUGUACCAGGCAAGUCGAGCAGCCAGUGAAUGUUCCUUAGUCCUCCCUUUGUGACUGCUUCUGUAAAUGGGUGUUGGCAGUGACUGGAUGACCUUGGUAGUGUGACAAGUGAUGUGGCUCCUUUCCUGCUGCUGACCACAAGUGUGUAUGUUCUGU